UCUUUUUGCUAGCCCAAUAGUAUGUCUGGUGAAUGAUGGGUGCGUCCUGGUGGAUGUACGAGAGCCCAAUAGUGCAUCUAACAGUGAUGGGUGCAUUCUGAUGAGUGUACGAGAGGUAGAACAUAUCAGCCUUUUUGCUAGUCCAAUAGUACGUCUGCCCAAUAGUGCAUCUAACAGUGAUGGAUGCAUUCUGAUGAGUGUACGAGAGGUAGAACAUAUCAGCCUUUUUGCUAGCCCAAUAGUACGUCUGGUAGAUGAUGGGUGCAUCCUGCAAAAGGUAGAACAUAUUAGUCUUUUUGCUAGCCCAAUAGUGCGUCUGGUGGGUGAUGGAUAUAUGAGAGGUAGUCCAAUAGUGUGUCUGGUGGGUGAUGGGUGCAUCCUGCAAACUAGAUGCCCAAUAGUGCGUCUGGCAGAUGGUGGAUGUACGAGAGAUAGCCCAAUAAUGCGUCUGAUAGGUGAUGGAUGCAUCCUACAAACUAGGCG